UCUGCCGCGGUGUGUCGACUCAACGCUUCCCGCCACCAUGCACGCCACACACGCCCGCUAACACACCACAAAAACUGCGUGUAGUGCCCUCAGAUCUCGACCCACGCCACCAGUACCCAGAACAAGCCCCCACGCCCGCACACACGCCAGCACAAGCCUAAAGGAACAGUGUGUGACGAGAUAUAUCGAUUCAAAGUUGGUGUCUUGUUUGUGUGUCAGUAAGAUGGGCGGAGGAGGCGGCGGCGGCGACGGUGGUGGUGGUGAUGACAGUGCGCAUACCGGAGAAUAAGUGAGAAAAUAGAGAUAAAUAUAUAAAGAAAGUGAGGAAAACAUACACUAAUCUCCUUCCAGAACCAAGAAAGGAAGAGGAGGAGGAGGAAGGGGACGGCAGUGUUACACGCGGCCCGCCAGUAGUGUGACAGGCAGCGUUGCAAAGGGUGACAGUUGGGCGGGUUUUCGUGUGAUGGUGUUGCGGUUUGUGUCGCCCCAGCACCCAGGGAGGGGCGGAGGGGUGUGAUAGCAGUGGCGUUGACCUGUGCAUUGAAGAAGGAAAGUGACCUCAUUUGACCCCGAUAAUAAGAAUGUCAGCGGACGUCCUAUCGGGUUCCUCGGCGUGAUGUGCACCCCGCUAUACAGACUCCUCCCAGCCCUGACCGCUUGGUGGGUGUCGGUGGGGGUCGCUUGGGCUAACUACGACGAGUUUAUGACCUGUGGCAGCGGCAGUGAGAGGUAUGGGCGCCACUACCACCACUUCCCCGAGCUCCCCUGUGACCUCAACAAAGACAGCUGGUGCGAGAGUCCCGGGAACCAGUACCCAUGGAGUGCCGUGCGCCGCUUCGUCUACGAGAACCAGGGGCUGAUGAAGCGCAUGUACGGCAACCAGCGGCACUACAGCGUCCUGCGGGCUGAGCUGCUCAACGACCUCUACGACGAGAUGUUCGACGAGAUGAUCAAGAGGCCGCACCACCGCCAGCAGCCCUCAUCCUCGAGAUCCGCGAGGUACCAAAAGCCGUCCCACCCCGCAGCAAACUCUCCACUCGACAAGGACCACAAGAGGCCCCACGGCAACUCGCGGGCCAUGAAGGUGACCAUACAGCCGCAGUACAGCAGCGUGCGGCGCCAACACGCUGCCCCGAGGCCCAAGAGCCAAGGCAAGCCGCAGAGGAAGGCCGCGGGCACCUCCAGACUGCCCAAGGGCGCUAAGGCUCAGAGUUCAUCAUCAUCCACCACGUCUUCCACCUCCUCCACGGCCUCCACCUCAUCCACAUCCCCAACGUCCACCACCAAGCGUGCCUCCACCACCACUACAACCACCUCCACCUCCACCAUCACCACCAGCGAUGUGCAGCCCACCACCACUACCACCAGCACCGCAGACGAUGUGCUCACCACCACCACGUUCUGGGGUGAUGCUGAGGGGGACCUUGGGACAGCCUCGAGCCCCUUCGAGGAGGAGACCCAGGCCACCCUCCUGCCCCCGGACGACGAGUGGACCUGGGCCACCACCCUGAUGGACCCCACCGCCACCGACCCCUCCGGCACCUUCCCUACGGCCUACGACGGAGAGGAGGAGGAGGAGGAGGAGGGGGAGAGCAGCUAUUCCUCAUUCACAGUCCCUGAGACCUCAUCUCCUGCCCCCCCUACCACGCAACACGACCUUUCCACGGCCAAGAACAACGCUAACAAGGAUAACAAAGACACUGUGGACGACGACGCAUUCUUCCACGAGGACUUCAUCUCCACGCCCCUUGACGAGGACGACCUGACCACCCUCACACUCGGGGACAGACUCGAGGACGGGACGGAUUAUACCAAGGACGAGAUCGACCUUGGAAUAGAGCAGGUCUUGAGUGAGGAGGAGAAGCUGACGGGGGAAAGGAAGAAGGAGGUGGAAGAGGAGGUUGAGGUUAAGGAUCAGGACAGCCAGCACUUGAAGGCGGAGAACAGGGAGCACGUGGUGAUGGAUGAGCUGCGUGUGGAUGGCAAUGUGAGGGAGGAGGUGAAGGUGGAGGAGACAGCCACUAAGGAAGGCUACCAGAUCAAGAAGCCUGUCAGGGGAAUGAACGCCUGCCCGGUGGAGGAGGAGUUCGUGGCACCAUACUGGGCCAACAACACACGUGGGGAGACGCUGGCGCUGCUCAACCAGUACCCCUUCGAGCAGUACAUCCAGUGGGAGCGAUGCAAAUACGAGCACCGCCAGAUGUACUGCCGUCGCGGGUGCCGGUGUGAGCAGCAGUACCGCCUCCAUCGCCUCCUUGCCUUUGACCCCACCAACGAGUGCCGGGGAAUUUUCAGUGACUGGUUCCGCUUCCCGUCCUUCUGUGUGUGCAAGUGUUAUGACCUUCCCCUCCACGUCUUCACCGGCUCACAGAGGAUGGGGCGCUUCAACGAGGAUGGCAGUGACGGUGAUGAAGAUGAAGAGUAUGAUGACUACUACGAUGAUGAGGAGGAGGAAGACUAUGAUCUAGAAGAGGAAGAGGAAGAGGAAGAAGGAAUCAGGCCAGAACCAUACCCAAAACAAGGAAGAGUCAACAUUGAGGAGGAGGAGGAGGAGGAAGAAGCAAAAGAGGAGGAGGAGGAGGAGCGUAACAACCCAUACUACUACUCACACCGAGCCCGUCCCAGCUCUCCCCUGGCCAACAUACCCCCUCAGCGCCGCCCAAGACCUCCCCCUCGGCCAUACUCCCACAUCUCCCCUCCCAGCCACACCCUGGAGGCCCCAUCUCGCCUCUUCACCCCUCCCUCCCCUCCACAGCUUCCCCCAACACCGCCCACGGAGACCACCACACUGGGGACGGUUGACGCCGCCACCCCACACUACUACUUCAACCUUACCAACUAUGCACGGGUUUUCCUAGCCAAGGGGCAGCCGCUGGGUCUCUCCAGAGUACCAAGGAGCCCUGAGGAGUGAGGGGGCAGGGCAGGCAUGGGAUAGUCUUGGAAAGCUAGCACCUGGCUCCCGUAAGGUUCCAAGUAAGCCAUCACCGCCUAGAAUUAUUGUGAAUAGUAGUCAUUGCUGUUUGGGCCUGUGGAAGAGGGACUGAUGGAAGGUAUUGCACCAUUGAGGAGUGAGUGUGGGAAAGGAUGAAGCUAUGGAAAACUGGUACUUGCCACUUGUAAGGUUCCUGGCAGGACACCUAGGAAUGCUUCAGAGAGUUAGGUCAUUGUUUUUAUUGCCUGUGGAAGGGAGAAUUGGUAGGUAAUAUGAUGUUGCAAAAUGGAUAUCAAAAGAGUUCUAAGGAGAGAGGAAGAGAUAGAAAACUGGCAUGAAAAGUAUAGCAAAUGGAUAGCGUGGAAAAAAAGGGAUGUCAUUAAUAAAAAGCAAGGAUAUAUGAGUGUGGCGAGAGCAGGAGAGUAACAAAGGAUGAGUACAUUAUAAGGGUGUGUCAACAGGUAGAACAACGAACUCCUUCCAACCCUCCAAUCCUUCUCUCUGUGUAAAGAAAAUGGGAAGAAAAAGAUAUAGGUAUAGACAUUACAUUAGAUGGCUUAGGAAACAGAGAUCAUUUUGAAGGGAGAUGUAACCAAGAGCUGACUUAGGAGGGAAAGGGAGAAAUAACUAACAAAACAGAGAUGACUUUGUAGAGGAAAUAAAAUGUAACCAAGUAAGAAAAAUAACUUAGGAGGGAAAGAGAGAAAUAACUAACAAAACAGAGAUGACUUUGAAGAGGAAAUAAAAUGUAACCAAGUAAGAAAAAUAACUUAGGAGGGAAAGGGAGAAAUAACUAUCAAAACAGAGAUGACUUUGUAGAGGAAAUAAAAUGAAACCAAGUAAGAAAAAUAACUUAGGAGGGAAAGGGAGAAAUACUAACAAAACAGAGAUGACUUUGAAGAGGAAAUAAAAUGAAACCAAGUAAGAAGAAUAACUUAGGAGGGAAAGGGAGAAAUAACUAACAAAACAGAGAUGACUUUGAAGAGAAAAUAUAAUGUAACCAAGUAAGAAAAAUAACUUAGGAGGGAAAGGGAGAAAUACUAACAAAACAGAGAUGACUUUGUAGAGGAAAUAAAAUGUAACCAAGUAAGAAAAAUAACUUAGGAGGGAAAGGGAGAAGUAAUUAACAAAACAGAGAUGACUUUGAAGAGGAAAUAAAAUGUAACCAAGUAAGAAGAAUAACUUAGGAGGGAGAAUGAAGAGAUGUGGCGGUAAAGGAGAAAGAGAAAGAGAGCAUAAUCACAUCCCACUGGUCAAAACAUUAAGACAAACCAACAUCAAAAGUAAUACAUAGAAAUACUAAUAAUAGAUAGUGAAUUAUAUAUAUUUUUACAGCUACUAUACUAGAAUCUAUAUAACAUAAAUCUGCAGGUCAGAGUUAUAUAUACAUUAGUCAUAUUUUCCCAUACUGUAUAAUGUGAAGUGUGAGAGCGAGAAGGAUAAAAAUCUACAGGAUUUCUCACAGUAAUCAUCAAGGUGGGUGUUUGCCAUUGUGUACACCUCACGCCAAUCAGUAGUACUCACAUCUAGGGAAAAAGUGCUCGGGAUUAUUGAGCUGCCUAAUAAAAUGAUAAAAACAAACUCCAUCAUCAAUAAACAAAUAAUAAACAAAAUUCAAUAUCAAAGUAAAGUUCAACAGACCAUUUUCAAGACAGAGAUACAGUUAAAAAAAAUGUUAAUCCUUGUUUUCUUUCUAAUUUUUCACACUCAAGAUUUCAGGCAACUUUUAUUUUGAUUAUUAAUAUUUCCUGCAUUCAAAAUUACAAGUUUUUUAUUAUAUGAUUAUAAUUUUCUUUUUGCAUGAAUUUGGACUUUUCGAGUUGUGCAAUUUAGAUCAACAAUCUUGUUUUAAACUUUAUCUAAAUUUUCUGUUAAGUGGAAUUUUGAUCAAUAAACUCAUAGCCCAUCCAACUCCAUAAGAGAAAAUAAGGACAUUAAAUGAAGUAUAUGAAGAGGGAAGAAGACACUUUUACUUGCUUUAUACUUUAGCUCAGUGUCCUCGAGUAGCUUGCUGUCCUGAUAUGAGCACUUUAAGGAAUGACGCACAUGAAUCGGCACUCACCCCGUGCUUGCAGCUGUUGGAGUGAUAUUUGGUAAUUAGUCUAUUUAUAUAUUUACAUAUUUAUCACAUUGUUGUUGCACUGACUACUGGAGACGUUGCAUCUAUUUUUAUAGUGGUGGAGCUGGCAUCCACUGACACACUAAUUUAUACUGUGUGUGUGUGUGUGUAUGUGUGUGUGUCCCCUGUGGUUACCUUAGCCUGGGUGUGUAGGGUAAUAAACUGUGUGUGUGUGUGGAAGUACAGUUCACCUCACACACCAGUACUGAAGAGUGUACCGUAACGUUCACAGCCUUUGUUAUUUUGUUAAAACCGGGAGAGCCUAAGAACCAUGCAUAAAACUAUUAAUUUAUUCA